GAAAGCAGGGGUUGUUUUACUGACCUGUAACAAAAUGGCAUUUUUUUCUGAAAGAGAGAUAGCUUUGAAUCUAGGUAAAAGGUCAUGACUGCAUUUGCUGAAAGGCUGAUACUUUCACACAAAUACUUUCACUUACUUCCAGUUAAUGCAGUUAUUCUUUGAAUCGGAAUAGCGGGCGUUUAUUGUGCUGUCACUGAGGUCUGAGUGCCCUCCUACUAGGAACAAGCUGCCUUUAAGCCACUCCUUCCUCAGAGAAAUAGAAAGUAACUUCUCUUGUGGAGGAAGAAAAUGGCUCACGCUGUGGAUCUAUUUGACUGCUCCAUAUGUUUGGGAUUAUUGGAGGAUCCAGUGACUACUACUUGUGGACACAGCUACUGUAUGAAAUGUAUCAAUACUUUCUGGGAUACAAAACAUGACAGUAAAGAAACUUACAGCUGCCCUCAGUGUAGGCAGAGUUUUAACACAAGGCCUGUUUUGAAGAGGAACGCCAUUCUGGCUAACUUGUUAGAGGAACAUAAGAAAACAACCAGACAACAUCCUGCUCCUUCCAUUGCUUCUGAUGAUAACAUUUAUGCUGCACCUGGGGAUGUGCAGUGUGACUUUUGCACAGGGAGGAAACGCAAAGCUCACAUGUUUUGUCAGGUGUGUUUAGCCUCUUACUGUGAGGCUCACCUGGAACCUCAUUUUCAGGUGCCACCGCUACAAAAGCACAAACUAGUAAAAGCUUCUACGAGGAUCAAAGAAAGCAUCUGCAGCCGUCAUGACAAACUUCAGGAGCUUUACUGCCGCACCGAUCGGCAGUUCCUGUGCUUGAUGUGUGCGUUGGAUGAACACAAAGGCCAUAACACUAUAUCCAUCACAGAAGAACAGCAAGAAAUGCAGAGACACCUGGAAAAGACCAAAUGGGUAAUUACAGACAGAGUGCUGGCUUCAGAGGCCAAAAUGGAAAAGCUGACGGAAGCUGCAGGCUCUAUAAGAGACGCUGCCUGGGAGGCGUGUGACGACUUUGAGCGGGUCUGUGAGGAACGUAUCCUGCUGUACACCCACUUCCUGAGAAAGAAGUGCUCUGAGAUGAGAGAGAAAGUUGGAGAGGCUGAGAAAGCUGGAGUGGACUGGACUGAACGCCACCUCGGGCAGCUGAAACGUGAAGUGUCUGAGUUAAGGAGGAGAGAGAGUAAAAUCUGUCAGCUUUCACAAACAGAGGAUCCCAUUCAGUUUCUUCAGGGCUUCCAAACCCUGGGCGAGCUCCCUGUGCUCACAGACUCACACAGAGAGCUUGACAACCUGACAAAGUUUGUCACUGCACAAAAGAAUAAAAUGAAAAAGAUGUGCGACGAAGAAAAAAAAGAUCUGAUGGAUUAUUCUGGAAAAAUCAUCAUGUCAAGAAGGACAAGGCCGCAGGAGGGACGGACAAGGACAGAACUUCUGAUGAAAUAUAAGAACUCCAAAAUCGAGGUGGAUCCUGACACUGUAGCAGCUUGUCUUUACCUCUCUGAUACAAAGAAAGAGAUAUCAUGGUGUGACAAGGACCAGGCUCAUCGAGAUCACCCUGACAGAUUCACCUACUUUAACCAGGCUCUGUGCAAAAAGGGCCUCAGAGGAAACUACUACUGGGAGGUGGAGUGGGAUGGUGGCAUAGUUGAGGUGGCUGUGUCGUACAGAGGGAUAGGAAGAAAGGGUUCAGGGAAAGAUUGCUGUUUUGGCCACAAUGCUCUGUCCUGGAAAUUAAUCUGCUCUCCUUCUGGUUGCACGUUCUGGCACAAUAAUCUUCACAAAGGUCAAAUUCCUCCGGCUGUCUCCCACAAAGUAGGGGUACACCUUGAUUAUAAAGAGGGAAAGCUGGCUUUUUACAGCGUAUCUGGCGUUGACAGUUUAACACUGCUGCACCAAAUCCAGACAACCUUCACCGAGCCCCUCUAUCCGGGGUUUUCAGUGGAUUUUGGUGCAACACUGAAAAUAAGCAACAUCUAAAAAAUGAUCUUUCCUUUUAUUAUCUGGCUUUUUUUCUUUUAAAUAGUAGUAAAACUGCAUCAAAACACUGAUUGAUCAAAUGUUGUUUUUACUUUUUCCUCCUUUCAAAUAAAUUAAUGAAUACUUUUAAGACAUUAAGACAUCUUUGAUAAUAAACACAACAUGAACAAUUCAGCUACUUCAAUGUCCAAACAGUGGAAAAUGUUUUAUUUGCUGUAAUCGUAAAAGAUUCAGUGCAAGUGGCUUGGACGCAACUGGUCGCAAGGGAAGUCCAAAUAGCUCGACAUAAAUAUAUGAAUAUUUCUGAGGCUUCUGCUGUGUGAGUUAAACAAUGGAUAUUUUUAAGUCUUUCUCAAGGUGGUUGUUAAAAUGUAUAAUCAGACAUUUGGCAUUUUUUGAUGACUCUUACCUCGUUAGUUUUUAUAUCAAGAUGUAAAAUGUAAUAAUAGCUCAACUCCCUGAGAGUUUAGGAGAGAAUUCAUAUUAUUUUGCUAUUUCUUGUGACUAAAAUCCUCCAUAUUUGCAGUUUUGUGAAACAAUUGAAUGAUACAAAACACGUAUUAAACAAUGAAACAGGCCUUUUUAGUUUUUCAUUUUAAGGCUGAUUCUGCUGCUUCCUUCAUGCCUAAAACUGAGCCCAAAGAGACUUUGAGAGGAUGAUUUCUCUGUAGCUUAAGUCUCAUUUAUGUUGCAUUUAUAUUUAGAGCUUUAAACAUAGAGGAUGAGUCUUUUUGGGUUUAUUGUGUUGUAAGGUAGAGGAACAAAAUGAAAACAAGCUUUUGUUUGUUUUUAAUUGUGUUUUAAAGAGAUGUGGAACUACUGCUCAAUCUGAAAUGACUCAAAUGAAGGACCAUGAUAAUAAUAUAUUGUUUACUGAUUUUAAUAAACUAUAAUUUACCUUUUUUUGAUGAGGUAAUGUUACAGUGUAGUCUUAUAUUUGUGUUUGCAUGAAUAAAAUAAAGUUUUAAAUGCUCAUUUCA